AUGAUUCCGCUUGGCGAAGCAACUAGCCGCUCCCUUCCACAGCGUCAUAGAGGAAGGGUGAAUAGACGUCGUGUUGUUCGCAACGGCAGCAGCUAUAGCAGAAGCAGCUGCAGCAGCAGCUGCAGCAGCGUCCGCAGUAGCAGCAAUGACAGCUUUGUCAGCAAAUCCAGCGGGGAGGCCGCAUUUUCCCUUGAAGCUAGCAGCAGCAGCAAGCUUUUAAAUCGGUUUUACGGUAAUGAGCUGCAGCAGGAUCACCAGCAGCAGCAGAGCACAGACUCUGAAGCAGCGGAGACUCUGUGGCCACCCGGUCAUCAGCAGCGGUUGCAACACGAAAAGCAGCAGCUACUAGCUGGGUUUUCCUCAGGCAAGUCCAGCCCACUGCAGCAUCAGCAAUCCCUGCAGCAGUUGACGCUGGAAAAGCAGCAGGAGAACGGGUGCUGUUUGCUCCGGUGGUUGCCUGUACCUGCUGACGGCCUGGCCGUGUUUGUUGUCACCUAUUUGGCCUACGCAUCUCUUUACAGCACUCGAAAGCCCUUUAGUGUGGUCAAGGGGGCUCUCAAUGCUUCGGUCGGUCUCUCGUCGCAGACAUUAGGGUGCAUUGACACCGCUUUUCUAGGAUGUUACGCAGCAGGGCAGCUGCUGCUGCCGCUGCUGCUUGCUGCAGUGCCGCACAGGAAUUUUGCCGCUCUCACGGCGGCAUGUUUCAUGCUGUCUGCAGCAGCGACAGCAGCUUUUGGCUGCAGCAGUAGCGGACUUCUGUUGUUGCUGCUAUGGGGGUUUAACGGGCUUGUUCACGCUCCGCUUUUCCCGCUGCUACUGCAGUACGUCUCUGCUGCUGUCACCCCGGAGAACAGAGGGGCUGCUCUUGGUUUGUGGACCACUUCCCAGCAAACAGGAGCUAUGGCGGCGACCGCCGUUGCUGCAGUAGUCGAAGCAGCAUUUGGAUGGAGGCAAGUCUUCUUUUUUGCUGCUGCAACAGCAGCAGUUACAUCGGUGUUGCUGCUGUAUCUUCUGCCAUGGAGCAGCAAGAAAGCUAUGCGACGGCAAUUGCAGCAGCGGCGAGAAGAUGAGCAAGGCCUCGAGGAUUUAGCGGCAGCGAAGGAGAGUUCAAGUUGCCAACAGGAGAAGGAAGACUACCAGGACGAACAGCAGGGGGAGUUGAGGCAUCUGCGAUUGCAUCAGCAGCAGAAGCAUAAGUUACUGCUGCUUCAGCAGCACCUACACUCACCCGAAUGCCUCGUCAGCUUCCAGCCACAAGAAAGUGCAUGCAGCCAAACAGGAGGUACCGGCGACAGUAGUGGCAGCACAACCAGCACUGCUCGAUGCGCUGAGCUGGCAAGUUGUGCUGAUGCUUCCAGCAGCAGCAGCAGUAGUAGCAACAGUUACUGCAGCAGCAACAGCCCAAGUGGCAGUCUGACCAGCAGCCCUUUUAAUAGCUACCAUUCCCCAGCGGUGAUGACCUUCAGUUCGUCAGUGGCAGCACCUUGGGCUGCUGGAGUUGCUGCUGGACAACCAACGGCAGCAGCAAUGAGCCGCAGCAGGAGCAUCUUACUUCCGUCUCUCCGAGCAGAAGCAGCACCAAGAUGUGCAGCGGCAGCAGCUGAAGCUGAGUUAGUACCAAUUCCUUGGGAGCGCCGUGUUUCCAGCGGGAGCGAAGCAGCUGCAGCAGCAGCGCAUCAAAUGCGCCAGCUGCUGCAGCUGUUCUCUGUCUCAUCCCUCAGCAGCAACAAGAGCCCGCCACGUCGACUGCCGGAUUCUCGCAGCAGCAGCAGCUGCAUCACUCUCAAAAGCAACGGGAGCAGCUGCAGCUUGCGUCGCGGUAGUAGCAGCAAGAAACGCGACGAAGCCAACGUGGGCUACAAAGGCGCUGGCUAUCUCAUCUGUCUAUGUGGUGCUGCCUAUUUCUUCAUCAAGUUGAUUCGCUACAGCUUGCUGCUGUGGCUGCCUUUCUUCCUUGCCAAGCAGGUCCAGAUGUCUGCUGCUGCUGCUGCUGCUGCUUCUAUUCCCUUUGAUGUUGGUGGCAUGCUUGGUGCCGUCAUUGCGGGAUUUGCUGCAGACAGGCUAUGCGCAGGAAAGAGGCUCACGUGCGCUGCUAGCAUGAGUUUAGCAACGGGGUUUUGUUUGCUGCUGCUGGCGCUGUCUUGCCAGCAACAGCAACUGCUGAGAGAACAACACCAUGAGCAGCAACAGCAGCAGGAAGCUUCCUUGCAGCAGUUGAAACAGCUGCAGCAGCAAGCUUUGCUGCUGCUAGAACAGCAGCACAAGCGUGCGAAACAGCAGCUGCCGCUUCAGCUGCAGCAGACACUCGAUAGGGUGCAGGUCCUUGAGCAGGAAUUGCAGAAGAAGCAGCAUGAGGCACACCAAUGGCAGCACGACGUGCAACAACAGCACAAAGAAGAGCUGCAGCAACAACAGGAACAAGCUGUCAAACUGGAGGAGGCUGAGCAACCACAGCAGCAGCAACUGCUGGCGGGACAGUCGAUGCAGCGGCAGCCUCUGGAGCAAGAAGAACCACCGCAGCAGCAAUUUCCUCUUCAAGAGCAGUCGCAGCAGCAGGGGCCACAGCAGCAGGGGGAGUCACCGCAGCAGCAGUCAAUGCAGCAGCAACUGCCAUCGCAGCAGCAGUCCCUGCAGCAGCCUUUGCAACAGCAGCCAAUGCAGCAACAACAGUCGCAGCAGCAACAGCUGCCGCUGCAGCAACAGCCGCAGCAGCAACUACGGCAGCAACAAGAGCAGAGGCCACUGCAGCAGCAGGAACCGGUGCAGCAGCAGGUAUUGCAUGAGCAGCAGCCACAACAGCAGCCACUGCAACAGCAGCCACUGCAACAGCAGCCACUGCAACAGCAGCCACUGCAGCAGCAACAGUCCCUGCAGCAGCAGCGGCCGCAGCAGCCGCUGCCAGCACAGCUGCAGCAAUUGCCGCUGCAGCAGCCGCAGCCAGUACAGCAACUGCAGCCAUCACAACCGCAAGUACUGUUGCAGCAACCGCAGCUAAUGCAGCAGCCGCAACCACAACAGCAGCAACUGCCGCUGCAGCCGCCGCUGCUAGCACAGCAGGAACUACUGCUGCAGCAGGCUCAGCCAAUACAACAGCCGCAGCCACUGCAGCAGCAAGUACCGCCGCAGCAGUCUCAUCCACUCCAGCAGCCACAGCCACUACAGCAGCAACUACCCCUACAGCGGCUGCAACCACUGCAGCAGCAGCAACUACCGUUGCAGCAGCCGCAGCCACUUCAGCAGCAGCAAUUGCCGCUGCAGCAGCCGCAGCCUCUACAGCAGCUGCAGCCGCUACAACAGCUGCAGCCGCCACUGCCGCAACAGCAGCCACUGCAAGACCAGCAACCAUUACAGCAGCAGCAACCACCGCUCCAGCAACAGCAGCCACUGCAGCAGCUGCAGCCACUACAGCAGCUGCAACUACCGCUGCAGCAACGGCAGCCACUGCAACAGCCUCAGCCAUUACAGCAACAGCAACUACCGCUGCAGCAGCAGCAGCCGUUACAGCAGCAACUACCACUCCAGCAGCCACAGCUACUGCAGCAGUCGCAGUCAUUGCACCUGCAGGAUCCGCUGCAGCAGCAUUCACUGCAGGAGGCGCAGCCACUACAGCAGCAGCAGCCACCGCAGCUACAGCCCUUGCAGCAGCCCCAGCCGCUGCAGCAACAGGAGCCGCUGCCUCAACAAUCAAUGCAGCAGCAGCAAGAGCAACAGGAACAGCAGUUGCAGCCACUGCAGGAACAGGAACUACUGGCAAAUUCAAUUCAGCAGCAACAGCUGCAACUGCAGCAGACAGAUCAGCAACAGCCACCUCCGCUGCAAUCCUUACAGCAGCCCCAGCCACCACAGCUGCAGCAGUUGCCGGCCCAGACACUCCAGCAACCUCAACAAGAGUCCAUAGGGCCCCGGCAACAGUUGCAGCAGUCGCAGCAGCCACAGCCACAGAUCGAGCAGCAGUUGCCACAGCAGCGACAAGCUUCGCAGCAAGUAUCGCAAAUGCAGCAACAGCGGCCGCUAGUGCAACCGCAUACAGAGCUGGAGCAGCAGCAACAGCUGCCACAGCAGCAGCAGCCACUGCAGCAAGAGCAGCCGCAACAAGCUUUGAUUCGACAGCAGCGAGAGCCACUAGCGCUUGAUCAUGUACCACAGCAGCAACCCCUGGCACAGCCUCUGCAGGAACCGUCGCAGCAGCAACCAGAAGUGCAGCAGUCAUACCAGCAAAGGAAUCAGCAACCUUUGGUGCAGAAACAACAGCCACAAACACAGUUGCAACGGCAAGAGCCUCAACUCCAGCAGCAUGAGCAGGCGUCCCCAGCGCAGCGGCAGGAGGAUCGGGCAUCGUUACACCAACUACAAGAGCCCUGGCUGCUUCAACGAAUACAGAGCCAGCAAGUGCAGCAACAACACCAAGCAGCGGCCUUGCCACGAAAACUUGCUGAAGCAGUUGCAGCAGCGGCAGCCGCAAAGAGCUCGUUAGAUACGCAAGGCCAAGUAUCACUUCAGGCUGUGAGGCAGCAGGAACAGCAGAUUGAAAAAGGCCAGCGGACAGAGGACCGCGGGGAAGCGACAGCAGCUGGUGCGGCAGCUGCCGAAGCUGCAGAAGUAGCAGCUGAGGUGGAGGGAGAUGAUCAGUGGGCACUGACGCUGCUGCGGCUAGAGCUACAGCAGCAGGAGGACCUGCGUGUGCUGCAGCAGCAGCACGCGGAACAGUUGUCUGCUGCAAUUUACUCAGCAGCAGCAGCAACAGCAGCAACAGCCGCAGCGGAGAAACAACAGGUGCAGGUCCUACUACUGUGCAUGCUACUAGUUGGCUUUUGUGUUGCCGCCCCGGACUCCAUACUCGGUGCAUCUGCAGCACAAGAAAUCGCAGAUCUGAGAGGCCUACCACCUUCUGCUGUUCCCUCCACUGCAGCACUCAUCAAUGCGAUGGGGGCGGUUGGGGCACUGCUCCAGGGGAACUUGACUGCUGCCGUGUCGGAUGCCUACGGCUGGGAUGUGCUGUUCGGGGUAUUGUGCGUCUUCGCGGUGUUCAGCGGUUUGCUUCUCCUUCCGGCUACGCUGGCCGAGCUUAAGAAGAAACCGGCGCAGUAG